AUGGCUUCUGUUGAAACCUGUGUUGAGCACGAGCUUCCUGUAAGCACUGGCCAAGACUAUAAAACAAGGAGUGAGCAAGUGCAACGAGCUCAGUGGCUUCGCGCUGCUAUCCUCGGCGCAAGUGAUGGGCUGUUAUCAACAACAUCACUAAUGCUUGGUGUUGGUGCAGUGAAUGAUGAUCGUUGGUCGAUGAUCCUUUCCGGAGUAGCUGGAGCUGUUGCAGGAGCUUGCAGCAUGGCCGUGGGGGAGUAUGUUUCUGUUUCGACUCAAAGAGAUAUCGAGAAAGUUUCUCUAAACCAAAGCAGCAAAACUGAUGAAGAGGACUCACUGCCAAGCCCUCACAAGGCAGCUUCAGCCUCAGCAUUGGCAUUUCUGUGCGGUUCACUUGUGCCUUUACUGUCAGCCAUGUUUAUUUCUAAAAACUUAGUGAGAAUGAUGGUGGUUGUGGUGGUCACAUCAAUAGCGCUAGCUUUGUUUGGAGCUAUUGGAGCUCGUAUGGGUGGUUCACCUGUUCGGAUAUCUGCAAUUAGAGUUAUGGUUGGAGGCUGGAUCGCCAUGGCGGUCACUUAUGGUCUGCUUCGACCAUUCGAUAAAGAUAAUUCAAAAGGUGUUUUUGACAAGAACUGA